UUAAGUGAUCAAUAAAGGUUACAAACAAAUACUUCAAAAUGAAAUAUUUACAGAAUGUUUUCAUGAAACACGUUUUAUCAGUAGUGACGUGAUAGCCGAGCGAAUGGUCUGGCUUUGGACAAUGCCUAUUGGAAAUGGGUAAACGGUAGGCACCAAUUCUUAGCACACUUGUCACGGUUACCCCGUGCUUCAGAGGAUUUGAUUUUCAGACAAAGCUUUUACCAAGCAUGGUGCCUCAUUACUUCUAUGUUUUCUUGCUUGAAGAAUAUCAUCAGGCAAGAAGGUAAAACAGUACUCUUGCUAGCAAUGUGGCAGCAAAACCUUGCAGGACGCGCAAUGCCUCAGUUUGGUCCUUUACUGCUUGACCAGCCUUCAGGUAAUAAGAAUUUUUGAGCUGAAAAAACAAGCAUGGCUUCGAAGGAGAACGGAGCUUGCUGUCAGAUAACUCCUUCUUAGACAGCAAAGAGAAAUUCAGAGCUUUUACACUUCAGAAAUUCAUGGAGACUCCGGCGAAAUACUACUCAGAGCAGGAAAGUCACUCUGUUCCAUUUUCUCUGGGAGAAAUAAUGUGGAACACCACCGAAUCGGAGGCAACAACUGAUGGCAGAAAGGAAUUGAUAGUCCGGACGGUAACUGGAUGCUUGCUUUCCUUGCUUAUCUUGUGGACACUGUUAGGAAACAUUCUGGUAUGUUCCGCUGUGCUUAAGUUCAGACACUUGCGAACUAAAGUAACAAAUAUAUUCAUCGUGUCUUUGGCUGUAUCGGAUUUGUUUGUUGCAGUACUGGUUAUGCCAUGGAAAGCAGUAGCUGAAGUUGCGGGCUUUUGGCCAUUUGGCAGUUUUUGUAACAUUUGGGUGGCUUUUGACAUUAUGUGCUCAACGGCAUCAAUUCUUAACUUGUGUAUUAUUAGUGUGGACAGGUAUUGGGCUAUCUCGAGUCCGUUCCGAUACGAAAGAAAAAUGACUCAAAGGGUGGCCUUUGUAAUGAUCAGUGUAACAUGGACUCUCUCAGUUCUCAUUUCAUUCAUACCUGUGCAACUGAACUGGCAUAAAGCCAGCACAGAGGCAGAUGGUGAUACAACUAGUGGAGAAAAAACUGAAAAUUGUGACUCCAGUCUCAACAGAACAUAUGCUAUAUCAUCUUCUUUAAUAAGCUUCUACAUUCCUGUGGCGAUUAUGAUUGUGACUUACACAAGAAUAUAUAGGAUUGCCCAGAUUCAAAUCCGAAGGAUAUCUUCUUUAGAGCGAGCGGCGGAGCACGCGCAAAGCUGCAGGAGCAACAGACUAGAAUGCCAGCACCAUACUUCGCUGAAAACAUCAAUUAAGAAGGAAACCAAAGUCUUAAAAACUUUGUCGGUGAUCAUGGGAGUUUUUGUGUGCUGCUGGCUGCCGUUCUUCAUUUUAAACUGCAUGGUCCCGUUUUGUGACCGACCGUCAACUGAUAAUAAAGCUGGUCUUCCUUGCGUGAGUGAAACUACUUUUGACGUGUUUGUCUGGUUUGGUUGGACAAACUCUUCCUUAAAUCCAAUUAUCUAUGCGUUCAACGCAGACUUCCGAAAAGCCUUUUCUAACCUUUUAGGGUGUCGUAAUUUAUGUUCAAGCACCGCAGUUGAAACAGUGAACAUAAGUAACGAACUAGUUUCAUAUAACCAAGACACUCUGUUUCAUAAAGAAAUAGUAACUGCUUAUGUAAACAUGAUUCCGAACGUGGUUGACUGCAUUGAUGACAACGAAGAUACUUUUGACAGGAUAUCGCAGUUAUCUCACAACAAUGAAAUCGUAACUGAUUCAGUUUGUGAUUUGGACGACUGUGAAGCCGAUAUUUGCUUAGACAGAAUAACACCUUUCACUCCUAAUGGUUUACAUUAAUGCUUGUUUACAUAACAAUGACAAAAUAUUUUUCAUUAUAUAAAGUACAUAAGAAUGUAUUGUUCAGAUCUAAUGUUUCAGAUUCAUUAUCAAAUGAAAUUAUAAGUAACUGUAAUAUUGUCAGAGUAGAUAUAUGAAUGUUUGACGUUAUACAUUCUAAUGAUAAAGUAUACAGUAUCUGUUUAAUGAAAUAUAUAUAAAUUGUUAAGAACUAACUGUAUGUUCAGUUUACUUAGAACGCAGGAACUACGUGAAACAUCAGCAAAGUGUAUUGUAGAAAUUCACACCACAUUCCCUAGAGUUCAUUGAAAAGAAAAAUCAUCCUUUACAAUAAAUUGGCUAUUAUUAUAUUUACAUUUUGGUAUAACAAACUUCACCACAGCUAUCUGCAAUCCUAAUAGUGCAACAUUCGUCAUGUUUGCUUAAAUUAAAGUGAGAGAAGUAAAAAGUAAAAAAAAGGAAAAUCUGAAGCUAUUCAGAUAGGUAAAUACCUAUUACCUAUUACCAUACCUAUUCUGAUAUGCCAGUGAUACAUGUAGAUAUUACAUUUUAAAGCCUUAGUAUGUUUUUGGACUUAACAAAGUGGGUUUUAUUUUUAAGAAUAAAAAGUCAUGUAUGUUUGCUCAUGAAGUAUGCAUAAUCAUGGACUAAUGGUAAAUAUUAUUAUUUUAAAUCACAGAAAUGCUUUCUCGACUUGAUAUUGGGGGUGCAUUAAUAAGGUUUCUUAAAUUGUAAAAUGUAAAAUGUAACUUUCCGUGUACACAUUGGGAAAAAUCAUACUGUGUGAGCAUUAAUAUAACUGAUGUAAAUGGUUCACUUGCUUAUCCUGUUUGGGGGAAUUGAGGAGUAUGAUACUGAAUGUAUUUUAAUAUGAAAUAUGUAAACAUUUUACUUUUUUCUAUUAUAAAUAUAAGUAAGUUAUAGCACAGUUUUAAUGAAUUAUGACUAAAAGGUGGUUUAGCUAAGAAAAAGCAGCAAAGAUCGCGAAUAUUCAACACUUAUAAAGUAUUAUUGGUUGUAAAAUGAUGCUGAAUAUAUCAGUAACAUAACUGAAAAUAAUUGCAUACAUUUCCAAAUACAAAAUGUACAAAUUUAUUCAUAUCAUGUAAAUACAGUAUGUUUAAAAUAAAUACAGUAAAUACAAUUCUCUGAAUUUUCGUAGUUAUCACGUACUGUAGCUGCAGAACGUUUUUUAGAACCUUCUGUAUGUCACCUUGAUUGUCACUAGGUUGACUAGGUUAUUUAAAGAGGUUGAACACAAAAGCAAAACACCCUGUACCCAUCAUCAUUGAGAACAUCAGAGUACUAUCUAAACUGCUAAAGUAAAAGAUCAUCAAUAUCAUCAACUAAAAAAAGGUGUUCAAGGUGAAUGGUAUGGAUUCUAUCAAGGACUUAACAUUUUUAACCAAUAUAUGGAAUUAUAAAAAUGUUUAAGUAGGAGAUUCACACCCAAGGUAAACAACGGGAAAACUUAAAAAAAAAAAAUAUCAUCCGGAUACAAUGUGUCCAAGACCAAAAUCUGAGGCUGACCUUGUGAAUCUGGAGCUGUGUCGGGGUGACAACAUAAAAAGAAAAGACAUCAGAAUUUGUUACCUAUGCUUUCUGUUUUUUUUA